AACAUUUGUGUAUCCGGAAGUUGUUGUUAGAGCCUCUGCAAGAUUCACGUGAAAUUAUAUUUUGCUUCUUUGCUCAGACGUUUCCAUUACCCCAAAAUGGUGCGGAGUGGCAAAGGCUCCCCGCUUCCUCCAGCCUCCUUGCAGCUGCUGGUUCCUCCUGUGAGGCUCAUGUCUGCCUUCGUGUGGAAAGCGGUGCAGCAGGACAGCGCCGUCCAGUAUGAGAAGCUGCUGGACUUCAUCGACCUGGCCACAGAGAUCGUGCCGGAGCUUCUCAGUCCCAGUCAGAAGGGUCAGCUCGUCCUGGGCCUCAGAGCGAGGUUUGUCCUGGAGUUGUGCCGGGGCAAUGGCGUAGCUAACAUCAAGGCGAUCCAAGGCCACCUGGAUAAAAUCCACACCUGCUGCCUGGAACUGAGCACCAGUGAACACAUGGAAAGCUCUGAUAUUCUGAAGACUUCCUAUAGUAACUUUGCAAGCUUGGUGCAGAACAUUUUGAAUGUUCCCUUAGAAAAGGAACUGUUCUUCCAAGAGGUUUUUCCAGAUCAUUAUGGAUUGGCCUUCAACCAGCGGAUCCAACAGCUUGUAUCUUUACUCCUGUCAAGGCUGGAGCAGCUGCUGCCUAUACCGGACCUGCAGCAGACUGCAAAUUGGCUCAAUGAGUCAUCUGCUUCAGAAGACCUUGGACAUCAUCUGUCUGAACCUUUUCCUCUGAAGACUCUGCUGCUCCAUCACAGAGAGCUGGGGAUUCUCAGUUCAGUUUCUUCAAGCGCUGAAGAGGAUGUAAUAUUAUCCACGCUGGCCCUCUCUACUCAAACCGAUCAGUUCAGUGAGGAUGAUGAAGAAGACGAUGAUAAAUUCGACAGUGAUGAAGAGACGCUGGCGCUAGAGGACUUGGAGGAAGACUCAAAUCAAAGCUUGGAUGACACAUCAGAAGACUGGGUGCCCAAAAAUAAAUCAGGGUCUCUCUCUCGAUUAUUCAUCUGCACCAAGAGUCCAGGCACACAGCCCAUACAGAGGACGGUUCGAAAGAACGUCCAGCGUCAGCAGCAGUGGGCAGCCCCUAUUCAGAACACCAAGGCAGUAAAAAAGGUCAACAAAAAUCAGCUGAAAAGCCAGGAGAUGAAAAGUAAAAACAAGAAAGCUGAAGACAACCUAAAGAAUCAGCAGAGAGCCAAACAGAAAGACAGUGUUGACAAAAAGGGGGAACAUGACCAGAAGAAGGACGGACCGAAAAACAAAAGUCGGCGAAAACGGAAAGAGCCCACAGGGGAAGAUAAAAGGUUCCUGAGUACGCGACCUGUGAAGAAAAGCCUCACAGAAGAAGAACUCAAAUGCCCAACGUGUCAGAAGAGAUUUAAACAUCCUAACCAGCUUAAGACACACGUGAAGCUCCAUUCCUUCCGCUACAGCUGCAUUGAUUGCGAGAAAGGAUUUACAAGCCAGUCUGGGUACUAUCACCAUCAGAGACUUCACAAAAGAGGGCGAGAGUUCACCUGUAAGGAGUGCAACAAGGGGUUCUUGUGCCGUUAUUCUCUCAAGCAGCACGAGCGCCUGCAUGAAGGUCCUACCAACUUUUGCGACGUUUGUGAAAGACACUUCAGCAAAAACGGCUUCAUUAGACACAUGCAGAUGCACAAGGGGGAAAGGAACUUCCUGUGCACCACCUGCGGAAAGGCGUUCCUCUCGUCCGGGGAGUUGCGGCUGCACAAUCGGUCGCACACGGGUGAGAUGCCUUACACCUGCAUCCACUGUGGGAAGGGCUUCUCCAGCAAGGGUCACCUCGUCGUCCACACGCGCUCUCACACGGGGGAUCGUCCAUACCUGUGCGCGGAGUGCCCCAAACGUUUCCUUACUCUGAACUGUCUCAAGAGGCACUCUCUCAGCCACAACGGGAUCAAGCCUUUCAAGUGUCCAAACUGUGACCGGGAAUUCUCCCAGCAGGGGAAUAUGAAAAGACACAUGGCAACUCAUAAACCUGACUGCUAGUGGUUUGACUUUGGUCACACAACAACACUUCAAACUAUGGUUUUCAGGAUUGUUUGGCAGAUUUUCAAUGAUAUGGUCAGUAAAACACUGUGCUAGUAAUUGCAGUUUUUCACUUUGGGGAAUCCUGUUCUGGAACCUAUUAAAAUAC